UUUAAGUAUAUGGUUUAAAUAAUAUAAUAAAAAAUAAUUUAAUAAAACCCUUUCGUGUUGAAUAUAAUUACGUUCAAUCUUUUUAAUGAUGUCCUUUAAAAUAGUCGUUUAAUUUAACAAUGGCCGGCGUUCCUGCUGAACCAGCCGUUGCCAGGAAAACUGGAAUAACUAAAGAUUUAGGAAUAGCAUUACCAAUGAUGGUCUACGUUUUCCACUGCUCCGAACAAAUGGAUUUUAGAGUAAAUUAAUCAAUCUUGACCGAAUUAAUUGUAUAAAAUAUUAUGCAUCUUAAAAGAUUGCCUUGAGAUAUUAGAUUAUAAAAUUUAAAUUUUAGGGGGUGGAUGGAAAUCGUUGCGAAUAUGAAGUUAUAAUGCGAGCUCUUCGAAAGCUCACCACUCAAAAAAUUGUAACUGAAGAUACUACUUUAUUUAUGGGACUCGUCGGUGAUUUGUUUCUUGCGCUAGACGUGCCCCGAACACGUGAAUUAGAAUUUGAAAAUCAAAUUCGUCAAGCUAUGGUUGACUUGAAACUCCAGCAUAAGAAUAAUUUCAUUCUCAAGGUAGUGAAACUAGUGGAGUUAUUAGAAGUUAAGCAUUCAGUUUUUAUAAUUGGCGUGGCCGGUACGGGCAAGACUGAGUUGUGGAAAACUCUGUAUAGAGCUCACGCAAACCUGAAAUUUAAACCAUAUUUAAAUGACAUUGAACCGAAUGCAGUAACUGAUGACGAGUUGUUUGGCGUCAUUAAUCCGACUACUAAAGGAUGUGUAGAUAAACUGUUUUCGUGCCUGAUAAGAGAGCAAUCACAAAUGUCUGUUGAUGGAUCCAAAUUGAUGAUACUGGACGGUGACAUAGAUCCUAUUAUGUGGAUUGAGUUAUUAAACACUGCAGUGAUAGACGAAAAUAAGGCUGAGAAAUUCAAUGACCAAUGA